CUGGCAACACUAAAAUUCACCCUUCAAAAUAAAAAUAGAAAAUAUAACCUCCAAAUAUAUUAGUUUGAUCGGAAAGGACUAUUUGUUUGUUUGUUGUUUAAUAAGAUUUCACAAAUCAAAUGUUGUAAUUAUAUUUAUUCUAAUCAAUGUUACUUUAGUUAAAAUGGUUGUUAUAAGGUGGAAGUUUCGAGGGCUGUUCGGUAGACUACGAAAAUGUGUAGCUUGGAAAAUAUCGCAAGCCGUGUUAACAUUCCGGUCUCUUACCUACAAUGAACACAUGAGCCAAAGCUAUACUAUAGAUUUCUUAUUAGAACCUGUGUUUUGGUUUGUUGACAAUUUCGCUCAAUAUCUAGGAAAAGUUUUUGUCUUCUGCGUUACCGUGCUUACUAGUGCGGUUGUAGGUGUCGCAUACUGGGUAGGGUUGCCAUAUUGGUGGCAAAGGUGCCCCUACACAACAGUCUUUCUAGUCAUAUUUGGCAACUGGCUACUAAUUAAUAUUGUAUUUCAUUACUACAAAGGAGUUGUUACUGAACCUGGAUACCCCCCACCGACAACACAUGUUUCUGAAGCAGCUAGUAUAUGUCGACGCUGCAUAAGUCCAAGGCCUCCUCGCACUCAUCACUGCUCCGUUUGUGACCGAUGCAUUUUAGCUAUGGACCACCACUGCCCCUGGCUCAACAAUUGCGUGGGCUACUAUAAUGCAAGAUUUUUCUAUCUGUAUAUGGUCUACAUGGUUAUUGGUGUGGCUUUUGUUAUCACUGCUGGCAUUGAUAUUGGAUACAAAGUGAUAUGGCUGAAUGAUACAGGUGGUUUAUUACCAAACAAUGAUCCAGAUCUGAUUGGUCACCCAGUGAGGCUGAACCAAACUGGUGCAUUAGUACCAGUGAAAGAAAUUGUAGAAUACGACUCAUUCAACUCCCCCCGCGAACAUCAUCUGCCUGUUCCACCCAUCACUGAGGCUCAACGUAUCGCUGCUCAUCCAUGGAAAAGAAAGGCGGUUAUGUUCAUGGCCAUUACAUGUUGUUCGGUAUUGGUCGCCCUUGGAACACUGACCGUCAUUCAUGGAAGAAACAUUGGCAGAGGCGAGACAAGUAUCGAGGCUCAUAUCAAUGAAAAACUCCGUAAACAUAUAGGUAGUCAGUAUAAGAACCCAUAUGAUUUUGGAAAAAGAAAAAAUUGGCGACUUUUCUUGGGACUAACUCAAGGUAGGACUUUUAUACGACAUGUCUUGCUGCCGUCCGGUCAUCUUCCUUCUGGCACAGGAGUUUCUUGGCAUACAGUUAACAACCCAUAUGAGGAUUGGCCUUAGACAACCAACACUUGUUGGAGCUAUGUUUAUAAUAACGACAUUCGAUUUCUUGUAAGCACCCAGGCCAAAUUAGGACCUUGUGUUUGAUGUUGACAUAUAUUCUUUUCCAAUAAUAAUAUAACUGUCGUAAUUGUUGUUGGUAACAGGGAGUAUCGAAUUACUAGAAGGAGGAAUAUUGAAUGAAAAUUUACAUUUUUGAAUGAAAUAAUUUUAUGAUAAAUAUUGAAAGACUACUUAUAACUACUUAAUACAAGUAAAUUCGUUUUUUAAAUCGAAUGAUUAUCUUAGCUACGUUUGUAUAGGUAAACUGGUAUAAUAAUAAGCAAUAAUAUUUUCUCAUUCAUUUAAUACUUUGCUUUAAGACUAUUCAAAUUAACUAUUAAAAGUUGAAUAUUUAUUUGAUGACUACUAGGCAAUGAAUUCAACCAGUUAAAGUUUUUCUUUUUUUUUACAAUUCAUAGGAAGCUAAAGACUAUUAGUAUUUAUCUUCACAAAUAAACGGUGUGCUAUACGAAUUAUAACACUUCAAGUGAUUAGUUACACUUGCAACCAUAUAAUCAUAUUGGGAACUGUCAUGAGUCUCAUGACUUGUUCUUAUUAGCUUAAUUUUACCUGAUAAUGUAUAGGUAGGUAUGUAAGUCUUCUGUUAAAACUUCUUCCUAGGGCUUGACUCUUUUAUAAACAGAAAACUUGUAAGUACAAUUUAAAGACGCAAGACAUGCCAGGCCAUAUGAGGUCUGCGGUGCCUUUGUGAAAGCGACUAAAGUAAGCGCCAUUUACCGACUAGGGCGCCAUUUAUCGACUGGGGCGCCAUUUAUCGACUAGAGCGCCAUUUACUGAACAGUGCGGCAUUUAUCGACUAGGGUGCCAUUUAUCGACUAGGGCGCCAUUUGUAUGUCAAUUUAUCCUAACCAAAGGAAACACUAUAGCAAUAACGGUCUUCCAAAUUCGUGUAAUAUUACUUGAAGAAAAGAGUAAAGAUAUAUUAACAAUUUUGUAGAUAGAUUUAUCUUUGACUUUAAUAAGAAUUGGAAUGGCCUACCUUAUAUGUGGUAUGUAUAUGUAAAAAUUGUAAAGGAAGAGCUAAGACUGAGGUCAUCGGCCGAUGACAAGGCAUCAUGUAGAACUAAAUAGGUAGACAGACUGCUUUGUACAGUGCUGAAUGUUAAUACAAAUAUUCACAUUUGUUUGUUAUCUAUUUAUUUAAAUGAUAGUUUGUUUGGUUGUAACUACGAUUUGAUACCUCAUGUACAGUAUUUAUACUUUCUAUAAUAAAAAACGUGUGACCGUCUACUAUUGAACUUGUAUAGGUAUCCAGAUAUUAAUAUGUAAUGACCGAAUUCUGUUUAAGUUUAAGUGAUUAAUGCAUUUUCUAAACUGAAGCCAAAGCUCGAUUAUGAUUUGUUAUCCCUUUUGUGUUCACUCUAAAUAGAUGAAUGCGACACUUAAAAUUUAAUACGUAGGUAUGCUUUGGAAGUUUUUACUUAUCACUUACUAGUGAUUAUUUUUCAUCUUCUCUUAAUCUAAGUUACUUAAGAUUAAUAAUUUCCUAAUACUAACUCUUAACUAACUCAUCCCUUUAAUCUUCUAUGAAGCUCUGGGCAGGGCAGGUCGUGACAACAAACGACGUUGUUGAACUUGAGUUUUUUUAAAGGUUUCGUACGAGAAUGAGCAUAACUUUACGGCAAAUUCGGUUAUAUGACCUCUUAAGGACGAAACCAUAAGAAGCACCGUUUCUUUUUUCAAACAUGAAGGCAUAAUGGCAACGGUUAAAAGCCGUACGGUUUUGUUUUUCUAACAAUAUAGUUAUAUAUCUUUUUCAAAAUAAUUUGCUUUAUUCUAUGGUUUUAAUACCAACAAACAAACUAUUUUAUUUAUGAUGAUACAAUAGCUAAAGAUCCACAAACUGUAAAGGAAAAUCUAAUACCAUGUAUGGUUAACAACUAGUUCAUAAUAUAUUUUCAUAGCUAUUUAUGCCAUCAGUUGCCAGGAACCGGCUAUCUAUGGAUCGCUAUUUCUUUCAAACACUAACCACGUUGAUUAAAUUUUGUUGUAUGUAUAACAAAGGUUGGCAAUAUUACGAUAUGUCAGAUGCAUGACAUGUCACCCUUAGCUAGUCAAAAUCAAUAUAGAAGGUUAGUCCUUUGUUUUAUAUUUUGAUGCGCGCUUCUGCUCUGGGCCUUUGUUUUCGGCAGUGGUCCUUCUAUUGUCCUUCUGUUAUCGCUGGUUUCCUCAUUCCUGAACCACUUCCAAUAAAGUACCUUCUAACUUCAUUGUUUCAAAUUGCUUUCCAAUUAACGGUCUUGCUUUGUAAAUACAUAUAAAGUAAGUACAUACAUGUACAUACUUUUUUAGUACUAACUUAUUACUGUUGUACAUAAUUUCUAACACAUUACCUAUUGUAAAUGAAUAUGAAUACAACAAGAUACGGUCGAAAUAUUUUUAUUAUGAAAUGAUUGUGUAAAAUAAUAAAUAAGAACUAGUUAUAAACGAUAAGGGACACGUAAAAGAAAUAAUGUAGUAACUUUGCUCAAGGUAACUAAAUUAUAUUUUUUCUUGUUAGUGAUGCAAAUUCUUGGAUCAAUUGUAGUGUAGUGGUUAAAGGUAAAAAUAGAUAAUUUAUUAUGAUUCAAACCCUACCACAGAUUAUAGUAACAGUAUUACUUUAUGGUACGGGCAAAGAGCACCGUCCUUUUUUGACGAUGGAAGUUCUGGAAUUGUGUUGUGUUUAUCAAGUUAUAGGUUUUUUUAAGUAUUAGCGAUGACCGUCUUUAGGUGAAGAUUAGUAAGUACAUAAGUUAUAUUGUUUGAUGGAAAACACUCGAGACAUUCCUUCCGAUAUUAUUUACUUACUUAUAGCUAUAUUGAUUGGCCAAAAUAGGAAAUUG